GUUCAAUUUUUCUUUGCUGGUAAGCGAUAAUCACAAACAAAUAACAAUCAACGAGUUAGCAGGGUGCUUGGAAGGGCAGCAAUAUGGGAGCAAUCAUGGCACAGGCUGCCGCGGAUUACUUGAUACGCAAGUUAACGUCGGCCAUUGAGAACGAAGCGUCGUUAAUCGGGGGGCUCCGUGAUGAACUUCAUGAAAUCAAGCUUGAGUUUAUAAGCAUGAGAUCUUUCCUAGAGGAUGCUGAUAAAAAGGGAGGAGUCCUCACUCAAGGAGAGAGGGCUUGGGUGGGUAGCAUUAGAGACCUAGCUCAUGAGGUUGAAGAUGCCAUAGAUGAGUUCAUGUAUCACGUGAACAAGCAACAUAAUGGGGGCAAAUUCACAAGUCUUCUUUACCAGACAAUUCGCCUUCCAAAGAAUCUAUGGGCGAGGCAUCAAAUCGCCAUAAAGUUACAAAAGAUUAAUAGAAAGAUCAAAUCCAUUGACGAAAGAAGAAAACGAUUUGCAAUUGAACGAAUAGAAGGAACAAGCUCUGUUGAGGAUCAAAAAACUUUGUUUAAUUAUGCAGAGUCAUCUUUCUUUAUCAAGGAGGACAAAUUGGUGGGGAUAGAGGAUGAUAAUAAACUUCUAGUCAAAUGGUUGACGGAGGAAGAACAACAAUGCAGUACUGUAAUUUCAGUGGUGGGAAUGGGUGGUUCGGGCAAGACCACUCUAGUCUCCAAGGCCUUCAAUAGCCUAAUAGUAAAACGGCAUUUUGAUUGUCAUGCGUGGAUCACUGUCUCCCAAAAAUAUGUUGUUGAUGAUUUACUGAGAAGAAUGAUUGAGGAAUUCUAUGGCGCUGCCAAGGAAACAGUUCCUACAAAUUUAAACACGAUGGGGUUCAGAGAGUUGGUCAGUACAUUGCUGAGCUAUUUAGGGGCGAAAAGAUACUUAAUUAUCUUGGAUGAUGUGUGGAGCAGUAAGCUCUGGGAGGAAAUCAAUGUAUCUCUCCCAGAUGAAGGAUGUGGAAGUCGGGUAAUUCUUACAACGCGAAAUGAAAAUAUAGCUUCAUCAUCUUUCGGAGUCAAAAGCCAUGUUCACCAUGUAAAACCACUGGGAGAGAAAGAGGCCUGGGAGCUCUUUAGCUUGAAAGCAUUCUCCAACAAUCUGGGUAGGCUUUGUCCUCAAGAGCUUCAAAUCUUGGCUAGAAAGCUCGUCGACAAAUGUGAAGGACUGCCUCUUGCUCUUGUGGCUUUGGGUAGUGCCAUGUCAUCGAAGAAACUAGUAUCAGAGUGGCAAAAGGUUAAUAAUAGCCUGGAUUUCGAGUUGAGGAACAACCCCUCGCUGCAAAAGAUGAAGCUUAUCUUGUUAAUUAGCUUCAAUGAAUUGCCAUACAAUCUGAAGCAUUGCUUCUUAUAUUGUUGUCUAUUUCCGGAAGAUUAUGUGUUAAAGAGAAAGAGGCUUAUUAGACUUUGGAUGGCAGACAGGUUUGUCGAAAAAGUGAAGGGAAUAACACCAGAAGAAGUGGCAGACAGCUAUCUCAUGGAACUCAUUCACCGAAACAUGCUUCAAGUUGUGAGGAGGAACCCCUCAGGAAGGCCAAAAAGAUGCAAGCUGCAUGAUCUUUUACGGGAAAUUGCUCUUUCAAUAGCGGCGGCCGAGAAUUUUGGUGCUCUGUAUGAUGAUGAAGAAGCAAGUAAAGAAAGUGGAGCACGUCGCUUGUCGAUCCAAACAAUAACAGAGCAAAUAAAAUCAUUAAAUGGCAUGUCAAAGCUCCGCUCGCUUCUUGUGUUCAUUGAUUAUAGGAUUUCUCCGUCGUUGGUAACAUUGCCAACUGGCUUAAGAUUGUUAAGGGUAUUGGAUCUACAACGUGCACCAAUUAAGAAAUUGCCAGACGAAUUAGGGGUUCUGUUCAAUUUGCGAUAUUUAAGCCUAAAGGCGACUAAUGUGAAGGAGCUUCCAAAAUCAAUUGGAAGGCUCUCCAAUCUACAAACACUAGACGUUGCCCAUACAAGAAUAGAAGUGCUUCCAACAGGAAUAACAAAUUUGAAGAACUUGCGUUAUCUAGUGAUGUUCCGUUCCUCCCCUCAUGGAACUGAAGUUUUUGAAUAUUAUUUUGGAAUACGAACCCCGCCAAAUAUUUACAAGUUAAAGAACUUGCAAGUCCUGAGUUGUGUUGAAGCAGAAUCAGAUUUAAUGAGACGCAUCAGGAGCAUGACACAGCUUACAAGGUUUAGCAUUACAAGGUAA